UUGCAGGCAGCGGGUCUGUGAACAUGGAGAACAUGCGUCUGCAAAUCGGUGGCGGGACAUUUUUAAGAAAAUUGGCCUUUAGAGCUGAUGUUUAGCCAAAGAGCUGUCUUACAGCCAUAAACCUAAUUGAAAACUGACCUUAAACACUGCCAGGAUCUUUGUUGGUUAAUGUUCAACUCUGGAAGCUGCUGGUGCGCAUGAGGAAUUUGGAAAUGGGACUUUGCAUUUAGAUUUUGAAAGCAGCCAGACAGACGGCCAUGGGCAGCGGUACAAGCCGAGGGAAGAAAGUUGCACCUGCGUGUGUCAGCGAGGUGAACGUGACCCAAACAACUGCCGGUGUCACUUACCCCAAACAGGACAGCCGUCCAUUCAAGCCUCUCAAAAUCCAUGCGAUUUUGCGCAACGCGCGCAACCGUGCGCAACCGGACUGCCACAGCGAGGGACACGACUCUGACUUUUCCAGGGAGGACGAUGACAUUGAUGGAGAGAUGGACACCUUUCUCACAGAUUGCAAGGAGCGAGGGAGAGCUACCGUGAAGACAAAUCAUCCGAAGAAGACGGUCAUCAGAUCCAAAACAUACGGACUGUGUCAUUUCAGCCAGGAGGAUGACGAGGAUCUCAGCUCAGCUCCUCGGUCCCGAACCGAGGAGCCACGUGGCUCACGCGGUGGAUCAAGAGAUGUAAACAAGAGGAGCGGGGAUGCUUUCACACCUGCUUGCCCCAGUCAGUGCAGUUCUUCCUCUCAGGGCUGUUUGACAAGAGGGGCUUUGUUGGAAGCUGUUCCCACAUCAGAAAAACAAUCGACUUUUGGCAGCUGCCAUAGCUCCUCUCUCACCAUGCCAGUCAUCCUGUAUGAUGGAUCAGAGGAAGAGCUGAUGGAAACUAUUGAGAAAGAGUUUAGUUGACCCCCAGCUGAGAAAGCUGCAGGAAAGCCGUUGUCCUUUCCAGCUGCCCUCAUGGCAUACAGCAGUUUGCAGAAGAAAUAAAAAUAAAAUAGAAAGGGAAGCAGGGUUUCUUUUGACAAUUUCCUGCUACUAAGGAAGGCUACAUUCAUUGUAUUUAAGCAGGAUUUCCAAUUUAACGUUGCUUGUGUUUCUGCACUCAAUGCCUCUGCAUUUACCGAAGUCUUAUUUAACAACAUGAAGCAGUGUAAUUGCAGAGUUAUAACACCAUCCUCAACCGGUGCCAGGAGGUUCUCUUCACAGACCAGGUCUGACAGAAGCCUCCCCGGUUUGUUAUCUGCAGUGGUCUGGUGUCACUGUCACCCCCCACUGCAGGCCUCCCACAGAGAACACACCUACUUAUUUGUUACCUAUUACUUGUCUGUUAAUAAGUUAAGGAGAGAGCACGGAUAUCUCCCUGGUUUCUAAAACUGAAAUAGCAGUCAACGCACAUUCUUGUGGCUAUAUGCAAAAAUAACAUUUUCCACCAGCAGUUUUGUGCAUUCAGCGCAAUGUAUAGGCCAGGGUAUCGUUUUUCAGAAGUGGACACCCUGCAAAGGUAUGAGCUGGUACUGUUUAUUUCAGGUUUCCUUCCUGGCUGCAGUUCCUGCACUUUUCCACCCUUAUGAAGAAGGAAUGUGUGACAACAGAGACUCUCAGUCAGGCUCAGUUUGACCCAGCUGCGUUUCAGCCACAGUGAAACGUAAAGGCCUGCUGCCACUUAGUGGUGGAACACAGAAGUUGUGUGCAUGAACACACACUUGACCAUUGAUGUGAUUACUAUGUGUCAACAAUCUGAAUUUUGUCAGUUUAACGAAAGGUAAAUCCCAAUUAGAAACGUAAAAGAAGAGUUUUGUAAUUUUGUUUUAUAUUGCAAAUAAAAAAUGAUUAUUGUAUUUUUGAUCAUGUGUGAAUUGGUGUGUGUUGCCUUAGUUUACUGAUACUUUAUAUACCUCUCUAGUCUAAUAAUCCACAUCAGGCAAA